CAAAGUUGAGGGAACAGAAAAAAAAUACCGGAAGAGCUGAGCUGAGACUCCACGCUGGUGUAACCCGAUCUGGAGCACCCACCAACUAUGCUUCCUGAGUGUGCUAUUGCUUAGAUUCUUGUCAAAUCUGGAUUCUUGUGCUACGUGGGGCCUAUGAAAGAAAUGUUCUUCUUUUGAGUCAAGGGUUGUACGAUGUUAUCAUUUAUCAAGUCGCUUCUACCGACUUCCUACUUCCUACCGGGAUGGUUGAUCCUAGAUACAAACCCAGUGGAUAGUUUACUUCAAGGACUGGUAGGUGCAUGUGGGAUCUCUGUGCUGUGCUCCUUGAUGAGAGUACACUUGUUUUUAGUGGAAGAGAGCUCGAGUGAUGAGAGUGAUGAAGGAAGGAAGAGGGGGACGUCUUGCCGUGAGAGGAGAACUAAAACUGGAUUUACUGGGAUGCUCCAGUUUUUCAUUGUGACUGGGAUACUGUCUGUCGUGGGCUCUCGUGUGGCGUCCUUGGUGGUGUUAGAAUUUUGUCUUCGGACUGUGUCUGGAUUGGUGACAUCUGGACGAGAGUACAGGACAUCUUUGCAGCAAGUGUUGGUUCAAAGCCAGUUCUCAGUGGGCUGUGCCCUAAGCUGCAGUCUGCACUUUCUCCACGAGGGGGCGUCCCAGCGCUGGCUAUGUCUGCUCCUGGCAGCGGCACUGAGCUGGUUUCUGGCUCGGCAGGCCACCCGCCUGAUGCACCAUGUCAUGGCUCUGUACAAACUCCACAGCUCGCAGCGCUACUGUGGCGUUUGCAUCAGCCUCCUCUCAUCAGGCCAGCUCCUGCUGCCCAUGCUGUGCAGGACAAUGAUCCUCAUCUUCAUCGUGGCUGCGGUGGCCUCUGUAUCAAUCAUCAAUCAACACUUCCUGUCUGCAACAGAGGCCCUCAGGUUCUGGACACCACUGACUAUCUGUUACACACUGUUGGUGGUGUACAUGCAGGACGCUCAGCACGGUGCGUCUGGCAGCGAGGUUGUGCUGAACACAGUGAUGGUGCGUCUCGGGGGCUUGAUGGUCCUGAUGCUGACGGUUGGACGCUGGGCUGACGUGCUCCACAUCCUAAUGUGUUUCCUGGGCGAGGCCAGCUGUCUAAUCCCCACUAUGGAUCUGCUGGAUGCAGCAUCCUCACAGAUAUGAUGCAGAGGAUUAUUCAGCUGACAUCGAAAGAGAGCAUUGGAGAAGACCUCAGGCUCAAGAGAAGGAGCAUGGGAGGAAGCCACAAGGGACUUCUACAACUAACAGCCCUUCUAACUGACUGAUUUAGUCUCCGUAUUAUUUGGGCAACACAAGCGAUUCAUGCUUUUAUAUUGUGAAUGUAAUACUUUUCACUUAAAUGCCAUGAGGUGCAUUUUAACUUAGUACAAUAGUUUGCAGCUCAGUCUUGAUAUUAGAUAAAAAUGAACCCAGAACAGAAACAUGUUAUAUAUUUAUUUUUGAUUUGGGCAACAAACCUGCAGGUUAGGAUGUUAUUCUAUGUCUCUGCAUGACCCCUUGGACAAAUUAGCACAGUAAUCUUGGAGGUAUAUAAGCCACCAACUCCUGGCAAGAUUCACUAUUAAAUAUUGUCCUUGUUUGGAUCUAAAACCA